AAAAGAAAGAAAGAUAAAUUCCCAUUGGUGUAGUUUAGUAUUUAGUAUCUUUUAGAGCAGUGUUUUGGCUCCAAAGACUGAAUGUGGUGAUAGAUUUAUAGUUACAAAGGUGGAGUUGUAUUGCUAUUUUUUGCUGCUCUUCUCUCCUCAUAAAUGAGCCCUAACUCCUGUCCUCCCUCCGUCCCGAGGUCGUAGGUCAUGGCGGCGGCGGCGGGGCCGGCGCCCCCCCUGGACCCGGAGCUGCUGCGGGAGGUCCUGGAGUGUCCGAUCUGCCUGGACACGUUCAGCCCGGAGACGCUGCGGCCCAAGCUGCUGCAGUGCGGCCACACGGUGUGCCGGCCGUGCCUGGAGAAGCUGCUGGCCAGCACCAUCAACGGCGUGCGCUGCCCCUUCUGCAGCAAGGUGUCGCGCAUGAGCAGCAUCGCCCAGCUGGCCGACAACCUGACGGUGCUGAAGAUCCUGGACGCCGCGGCGCCCGGCGCCGGCGCCCUGAUGUGCGGCGCCUGCGGCGGCCGCCUGCCGCGGCACUACUGCCGGGACUGCAGGAGCGUGCUCUGCGAGCCCUGCCGGGCGGCGGGCGGUGGGCACGAGGGCCACGCCUUCUUGCCCGUGGCGGCGGCGGCCGAGCGGCGGCGGCGCGAGCUGGGCGGCGAGAUGGCCGCCCUGCGGGACGCCAUGGGGGAGAUCCAGAAGAGGAAGCGUGCGCUGGAGGGCGUGUCCAAGGCGCUGCGGCAGAAGUACCGGGCGGUGCAGCGGGAGUACGACGCCGCCGAGCUGCGCCUGCAGGAGGCGCUGGAGCGGUCGCGGAGCGCCUUCACGGCCGCCGUGGGCGAGGUGGAGCGGCUCAACGCCACGGUGCUGGAGGAGCAGACGUACCUGCUCAGCCUCGCCGAGGUCAAGCUGGUGUCGCGCUGCGACUACCUGGCCAUGCAGGCGCGGCAGAGCGACAUCGCCUUGCUCAAGGACGACGGCGGUGCCGCCGACGAGGCGGAGGAGCCGGACCCGCGGAGCGGCCUGCCGUCGCGGUUCACGCUGAGGGAACCGGCGCUGGUGACGCCGGAGCCGCUAGCCGCCGCCGCUGCCGCCGAGGUCGGUCACCUGACCACCAGGACGUACGUCGUCGACGCGGAGGACGGCGAAGGCGGCGACAGCGGCCUGGAGGCGGCGGCCGAGGCGGGGAGCGGCGAGGGCGGGGCGGCGGGGGACGUCUACCGCGACGUGGACAUGGUGGAGGAGGCGGUGUCGUGCGGCUCUCCGGCCAGCUUCAAGUCCCGGUCCCUGGACGCGGGCGACGCGGCGGCAGCGGUAACGGCGGGGCCGCCGCCGCUCUGCCAGUUGGUGAAGAGGAUGGGCUGCAAGGGCGCGCUGCCCGGCAUGUUCAACCUGCCGGUGAGCGUGUGCGUGGCGCCGCAGGGCGAGGUGCUGGUGGCCGACCGCGGGAACUACCGCGUGCAGAUCUUCAACCGCAAGGGCUUCCAGCGCGAGAUCCGGCGCAGCGCCAGCAGCAUCGACAACUUCGUGCUCAGCUUCCUGGGGGCCGACCUGCCCAACCUCAUCCCGCUGUCCGUCGCCGUGACGACGCAGGGCCUGGUUGGCGUCACCGACAACUACGACAACUCGGUGAAGGUGUACGGGCUGGACGGCCACUGCGUGGCGUGCCACCGCCACCAGCUGGUGAAGCCGUGGGGCAUCGCCGCCACGCCGGCGGGCCAGUUCGUGGUGUCGGACGUGGAGGGAGGGAAGCUGUGGCGGCUGGCGGUGGACCGCGGCGUGGGCGUGGUGAGCUACAGCCGGCUCUGCUCCGCCGUGCGGCCCAAGUUCGUGGCGUGCGACGCGGCGGGGACGGUGUACUUCACGCAGGGCCUGGCCCUGAACUUCGAGAAGCGGCAGAACGAGCCGCAGCUGGAGGGCGGCUUCUCCAUCGGCUCGGUGGGCGCCGACGGCCGGCUGGGCCGCCAGCUCAGCCACUUCUUCUCCGAGGCCGAGGACUUCCGCUGCAUCACCGGCAUGUGCGUGGACGCCGGCGGAGACCUGCUGGUCACGGACUCGGGCCGCCGGGAGGUGCUGCGGUUCCCCCGGGACGGGGGCUUCAACGUUCUGGUGCGCGACGGGCUGAGCUGCCCCGUGGGCGUCUGCACCACCGCCAAGGGCCAGCUGCUGGUGCUGGACUGCUGGGACCACUGCGUCAAGGUGUACACCUACGUGCAGAGGAGGCACUCCAACGCCUCGUAGGCCCCGGAGAAACGGGUUUAAAACGUCUUGUUGUGGAAACUUGUUAAUAAAUUGCACAAAGUAAAGUCCUGGGGCCUCAUUUAUAAAGCUUGCGUGCGCACAAAACGGGGCUUGAAAGAUGCGCAAGCCACCUACUACGCAAAGGUUGGGAUUAAAAAAAAAACGAACAGAAAAAUGUGCGAAUCUUUACACAAACUUUGAUCCUAGCGCACAAACAUUUUGAAGAUCUGGAGAACUGGUGACGCAGACGGUGAGCUGGUGAAAUGAAGCAGAUUCAUGUCAUACUUUUAAUGUCAUCACAUAUCAGACUUAUAAUAUACCGUAAUGGCCCGAAUAUAAGACGACCCUGAUUAUAAGACGACCCCCUCUUUUUCAAGACUCAAAUUAGAAAAAAGUAUUUUUAAACACCAAAUUCAAUUUUCAUACAGAAAAUAAUGACAGUACAUCUGAAACAAAUGAUUAUAACAAUAUAUUCGAGAAAAAAAGCCUGUUAUUUUGCCUCAUUCAAAUCAUCAUCUUGAAGUUUGCAUCAUAACUGGCCGAUCUUCAACCAGCUUUUCUCCAGAUUGUCGCUACGUUUCUCCAUUUUCGGUUAUCUCUUCUUUUAUUUUCUUCUCUUUUCUUUUUUAUCGCUGUUUUUAUUUUUCUUCUUGGUGACAGGGGUUCCUUUGGCCUGGGGAGUUAAGUUCAGCAUUCGCUUUAAACAUAUCUGGCGUCAUCUAGUGUUGUGAAUGGGUAUAACGUCUAGACCCCGAAUGUAAGACGACCCUCACCUUUUCAGUCUUUUUUCAAUGCAAAAAACACUGUCUUAUAUUCGGGCCAAUACGGUAAUAGUGCUGAUCUUUGUCCCUCAGCACAGCACAGUUAAUGAAAGGUUCUACUUAAAUAUGAUUUGAUCUCAUUCUUGAGCUUCAUAAUCUGGAAAUCUGACGUGUCAGCGCUGUCGCUCAACGGGCUGCUGUGCGCGCUCCCGCGGCUGCAGGUGGCGCUGCGCAUGCUCAGCAGGCUCAUUCAUAUGCAAAUACUGCCAUGGAUUACUUGACCAUUCAUGGUAGAAAGUGGGCGUGUAGACGGCGGGGUAUGAGGCAAAUUCACGUGCGCAACCUUCCAGAUGGACUAUGAUUUAUAAAGAGAACACUGCGUGCAGGUGUGCGUUAGGGCUGUGCAAUUUAAUCGAUUUUAAAUCUAAAUCGGAUUUAUUAAUCAAGACGAUGUUAAAAAAAGGAAAAUCGGUAAAUGGAUUUUCCUUUUUUGCAGCCCGUCUAGUCAUCUUUGUUUGGUCAAGAAAAUUGUAAAUGUUGUCACUUUACUAAACUCAAGGAGGAUUUACAGUAUCUUUCAGUUGCACUUCAUUCCCAAUAGGGAAAUUUGUUUGCUAUUUUUCUUUAAAAAUAAAGAUACAAUAUUUGAAACAUUUUGAUUUGUAAUUGUCAUUUUAAUAAAGUUAAAAAAAAAUAAAAUAUUUGAAACAAUUUAUUCAAUUGUCUUUUGUAGUUUUACCAAAAAAAUCGAAAUCGAAAAUCGGGUUUUCAGAGAAUAUAAAAUAUUUUUGUCCAAAAUCGCCCAGCCCUAGUGUGCGUGCACACGGUUUUAUGAAUCAGGAUUUCUUUGUGCGCACGCCAUUUUCGGCUUUUGAGCGCACGUGCACUUUUAGUAUGAAUCCUACGCACUCUUUUAUAAAUGAGGCCCCUGAUCCUUAACAAAACUACAACACCGGUGAGCUCUCCAAAGAGAUUUCCAAAGUUUAUUUUAACUGGUGUGCACCAGGAGAGUCGGCGUGCAGCCGCAGGCUGGACGCUGAGUCUGAGGCAACAUGUUCUUGACUUCUUUAUAUGGGAAUGGGUCAGACCUGAUGAAACCCAACAGUAGUCAUUCAAUGCAAAUUGUGGUGUCUUGUAGUGCUGGGCGGUAUGACCAAAAAUUUAUAUCACGGUAUUUUUCAAAAUUAUAUCGGUUUCACGGUAUAUCACGGUAUUUUUUUUUCUUGCACAACUGGGUGUUAACCACAUUUUCUAAUGAUUUGGAAAGGAAUUGCUGCAGUAAAUUGGCUUAGAAUGGCCUAUUUUACUGUCAAGUCAAAUCAAAUAAAUUUGAUUUAGGCUUUUCAAAGAAAAAAAUCUUUUACAAAAUUACAAGGUAGAAAAUAUUUAUUGAACAUAAAAAACUGAACAUGUUUUAAUUUCCAGCAUUAUGUUGUGUUGGUUCCACCUCCUGGUGAAUGUUAGGUAAAAUUCUUAUGUGGUUACUUUUUGGUUGGCCAACGAUUUAUGUUUGUGGUGCAACCGUUACGGGAGCGGCCAGUCUAUUUCCUUAUAUUACAACGCCGUUAUUAAUUGUUCGUUUUUUUUCCCACUUAUUCCACCGAACACCGAAAGUGUUUCUUUGCCAUUUUCGGCCGAACAAUUUGGGUUACCGAACAAUCGGUGCAUCACUACUGCUAAACAGUCCCCUCACAAACAGUGUCCAGCGGCGCUACGUUCCCAACGUUGUGUACGCUACUGUACAUACUCACCGGUAUUACGGUAUAUGAAAAAUUAAUAUCAUAAGAAAAAUAAACACCGGUAUUCGGUAUGAACCGGUAUGAACCGGUAUACCGCCCAGCACUAGUGUCUUGCAUCCGACACAUAGGUGCUAGUUCUCUUAGGAGGAAGGCAUACAGUACAAAAUAGAUAACAUUAACACCUUUCAUCUGCCUCCACAUCCUCCACAUCCCUAACCCUAACCCACUAUCAGUUCUCCUCUCGCCGCUGACCCCCCUUAGUAUUAGCAUUAAAACAGCGGUUGAUCUUUUGUUAGAAAGUAUACAAUGUUUGAAUUUUUCCAUGGCAGUCUAAAGGUGAAAAACACACUUGUCACUUUAGUUUAGCUUAAAAAUCUAAACAUUUUCACUAAACCUGCAGUGGGAUCUAUUAUGGCACUUUUCCACUAGUACCUACUUGGCUCUUACUUGUCUCAGCUCUUAAGGGGUUAACGUCAGUUACAUCUCUGCAA